AUGCGAAGGCAGGAACAGCACGGGGGGGAGCGUGGCGAGCGCAUUGAGCGACGAGAAGACCGAGAACAGGAGGACAGCAGUGAUAUUCGAUUCGAAGCAUCCAUGUGUUAUUUGCGAGGACUUUGCUUUGCAAAGCAGAAUGCAUUUGACCGCGCUCGGGACUGCUACAAGGAUGCAGUGCGUAUUGAUGUGCAAUGCUUUGAGGCAUUUGAUCAACUCAUGAAGAAUUCCCUUAUGUCGCCUGCAGAGGAGCUUGAGUUCCUUGAAUCCCUGGAUUUCGACUCAGUCUCAUCACCAGACCCAACGGUCGCCCAGGAGGCAGCCGAUUUCACAAAAAUGCUCUACACGACCCGUCUUUCCAAAUACUCCUCACCUACAAUUCUGUCUAAUGCUACCGAGACUCUCUCAACACACUACAACCUCUCUCAGAACCCAGACAUACUCUUAUCGCGUGCCGAGACAUUGUUCACACAAUGCCGAUUCCCAGAAGCUCUCGAAUUGACCUCUUCCAUUCUCUCUAACGCCCAGUCGAACGAGCUUGCAGUUGCCAGCAAUGGAAUGCCUGCCCAUAAUCAUUUAGGCCAUGCCCCAGGUGUCUAUCCCCUCCACCUAGCAUGCCUCUAUGAGACAGGUGCCACAAAUGCAUUAUUCCUACUCGCACACUUGCUGGCUGAUCAUGCACCGGAAGAGUCUUACACAUAUUUGGCCAUCGGCACCUAUUAUCUUUCCGUGUCCAAGAUCGCUGAAUCUCGCCGGUUUUUCUCCAAAGCUUCUUUACUUGAUCCUCACUCAGCCCCUGCAUGGAUUGGAUUUGCCCAUACUUUUGCUGCCGAGGGAGAACAUGACCAGGCCAUUGCGGCAUACAGUACAGCUGCCCGGCUCUUCCAGGGUAGCCACCUGCCACAGCUCUACCUGGGUAUGCAACAUCUAGCAUUGAAUAACAUGUCUUUGGCCCAUGAAUAUCUCUCUGCCGCUUUUGCUAUGUCAACAGGUUCCGCACCAGGUACUGCAUAUGUACCCACACCAGACAAAUCACUUCCCAUGCCUCUAGGUGGAGACCCUCUGGUACUGAAUGAGCUCGGCGUUGUGUAUUUCCAUCAAAAUAAUCUCACUCCCGCUGUUGAACUAUUUCAGCAAGCUCUGAACCUAGCUAAUUCUCUUCAUUGCGAACAAGGCGCCUGGGUUGCAACACGUGCCAAUCUGGGCCACUCUUUGCGCCGGAUGGGUCUCCAUCGCGAAGCUCUGCUGGAAUUUGAUGACUGUCUUCGAGUGGGUGCUGGAGGUAACAGCAUGGGCUACGCACCCUUCUUGGGCGGUGGGUCGGGUGGCUCUAAUUCAGUCGCGAACGCCUCCAGCGUUGGGGGCUAUGAGGACCGAGGACUCCUGGGUUCAAUCCACACAUCUCGAGGCUUAACCCUUUUGGAGCUCGGCCGGGCUGGUGAUGCUGUCGCAGCUUUGCAUGAGGCUGUACGAGUAUUGGGCGCUAGUGGAGGUGGAGAGGCCGCAGGAGGAGCCGGUACUGCAGGAACGCUUCUAGGUCGUGCACUAGAAAUCUGGGCAGAAGAAGGCCGUGAGCAGGAUCGGCAAGUAAUUGAAGAAGAAGAGGAAGAGGUAGAGGAAGUUAGCCAACCAACGCAUUCACGCCAGGGAAGUUCAUCCUCUCGUGCUCGCGAAACUCGCAGAGAACGUCCAACUCCCGGUGAAUCACGCCGACGUGGUGGUCGGAAGGAGGCUUAUCAAGAGCAAUGGACAGAUGAAGUCACACAUGCGGCUACUCCACAAUCGAUGGAGCCCACACCCCCGACUAUGGAGCAUCAAACCGAGAUGGAUCUAGAUGGGGAGGCAGAUGGAUUACUGCGUCGUGCUUUGGAUCGCAUACGUCCGCCUCGUAGACGCCAGGCUGUUCCACCCCACCCAGACACAGUGAUGAGUGACACUCCUGUGCGUGCUCGGGGACAUCGAUCGAACCGGAGUCAAUCCCAACCACAGUGA